ACAUAGAGUGCACACUGUCCCAAGUGAACUUCGCUUUCGCCGACAAGUGAACGUGAACGUGAAUGUGAACGUGAAAUUUCGCUUUCGCCGUCACAUAGCUCUGCUCUACAACGUGCUAUCUGGACAGAUUUUAAUUGGCACUGGCAAAAAAUGGCCGAAUUAGACGACUUUUUCGCGAAAAAAGACAAGAAGAAGUCGAAGUCUAACAAGCCCAAGUUCGUCACUACCGAUGAGCUGGUUAAGAAUCUGGAGGAUAGCACCAAGCGCGAGAUUGCCGCCAAACCAAAAAAGGUCGAACCUAUAGUCGGAGCUGGCGGCGGCGGCGUGGCAGUAGCAGCUGAAAACGAGAAUGUUGUCAAGGUGCCAGAGUCCGUAGCGCCACCUCCUGUGGAGGAAGAGUGGAAAGAGUUCGAAGAGGAACAGCGUAAAGAUUAUAGCGGCUUGAAAAUUGGCCAACUGAAUAUAAAUGAGCAGAAGCAGCCAAAUCAGCAAAAUCCUCAGCAGCAGGACGAAGAGUACGACGAUGAAGAUGAAGAUAGCGAUGGCGGUUAUGCCAAUGCAGAUGCCAAUAAUGGCGGCAAGCGAAGCGGUCACGGUCCAUGGAAGAAACUGAUUCCGGCUGAGGAGGUGACUCAAAUUCCCGUACCCGUGGAAGUAGAGAAACCGUCAUCGAAAGUCUAUAUAUCACCCGCGUUACGUUUUAGCCAAGCCAGCAGCAGCGCUGGCGGCAGCGGACCUAGUGGCGGCGGUUUGCGUCCACGUCGUGCCGCUCCAGAUAUUACCAAUACGGAAUUCUUUCCCACCCUCAAUGCCGCACGGCCGGAGGAGCAACGUAAGAAGAAAAAUGAACCCGCCUUCGAAGAAGUUCGUCAUGGUGGACGCUUCCAGCGUGUACAGGAAACAACUGCGGCACCGGUGGCGGCCACCAAUCGAUUCCAGUCGUUGGACGAUGAAGCGGAUAGCUAGGUAACAAACAAAAUUGUUUGCCGGCGGCUGCUCGAAGUGGCCUGCAUCUGCAUUUUUUUUUCAUCAUUACCUAUCGCCCGCUCCUCGGACUCCCUGCCUACCAAGUACGACUACUACUAUUGUUCAUUUCGGUUAUUUUAUUAUGCAUUUUUCUUUUUUUAUUUAAAAUUAUGGAAUCAAAUUGUAAUAGAAUAUGAAUAAUAGCCAUGCGUUGAAAUCCGUUUAUAAACGUUACUUUUGUACAAGCUCA